AUCGUUCUGUCAUUUAAAAUUCAUUGAUUUUUUUACAGAUUUUUUCUCAUUCAUGUGUUGUGGUUUAUCGAUUAAAUACAAAAAAAUUGUUUAUAAUUUUAACAAUAUUUUGUAAAUUAAUGGGAUUCUUUUAUAAUGGAUCGAGGCAACAUAACUGACGCUGAUUCUGACAGCACUGUUGACACUAUAAAGUCAUCAGAAUUAGAUUCUGACAAGGAUUUGAUAGAUGCCAUUAGUCCAAGACGAACAUGUUACACCAAAUACGGCGUUAGACCUGACAGUUCAAUCCAAGGUGGCAAUCAAGUAGCCAACAAUGAAUCCAGAAACGAAGAGUCUCACGAUUUGAAUCAAGAAUCAGACAAUACUAACGAAAGCCCAACUACAAAUACGAACGAGGAAUGCCACACAAAAAAGUUACGCAGUAAAAUUGCAAAGAUUAAAUUGAAAUUGAAACACGAUUCUGUUGCUGGUGACAACGGCCAAUCAGGGCCGAGCGUUGGUGCCGACAAAUUGAAAACGGGCAUUGAGAACCAAUCAGAAGCUCACACGAACGAUACGGAUGAUGUGAUGAACAUGUUUGCGAGCGUAUGGGUCAAAGUGGAGGUUGAAGAGGACGAUGACAAUAUAGUCCAAGACGAUGUGAACGAUGUAAACUACGAACCGCCCGGCGCGAAACGUACGAGACAGCGCAAAAAGAGAGAUGGCGAGAAGAAACAGCGCGCCCGUCCCACGAAAACGCUGAACUGCACCGUGUGCGACUACACGACCGUCUACAAAACAUGUCUGGUCAUGCACAUGAUUGGUCACACCUCAGACAAGCCGCACAGCUGUCCAAUGUGCGGAUACAAAUCUAAAUACCGCAAUUCACUGACGCGCCACAUGAAAAUACAACACCAGAGUGAAGAUACGCCGUUAGCGGAGUGCGCCAAAGUGUUUAGUUGUGACGAGUGUGAUUACAAAACGCAUUUUAAGUGGAAUCUGCGUGCGCAUAAGCGGAAGCAUAAUUUGGUUAAGCAGUUUAAGUGUCAGCAUUGUGAUUACGAGACUGCGUAUAGGCACAAUUAUUUGAAGCACAGUCGCACGCACGAGAAUAGCAAUAAGGAGCCGUCGUUCUAUAAAUGUGAUAAGUGCACGUUUGUGACUAAGUUCGAGGGCCAUAUAGCGAGGCAUUUGGCGAAGAUUCAUAACGAGGUGACUGACACCGCGUAUAAGUGUGAUAUGUGUGAUUUUUCCACUAGAGUCAGGUGGAGGUUGAAUAUUCACAAGGCUAGGAGUCGCCAAGAGAAUGUUCUGGUGUGUGCGUAUUGCGAUUUCCAAACUUAUUUCAUGUGUGAGAGUAAAAAGCAUAAAGUGUUGCAUUACGAUGUUAUGUAUGGUCAUAAAGGCCAACUUAGUGUGAGUACGGAAUGUAAACCUACGGAUAUGAACGAGCAUAAUUCUCAAAUUGAUGCGACAACUGGAUUGCCCACGUAUGCUAAAGAAGAUAUGAAUGUGCAUGAUGAUUAUUUAGAUUAUACGCAACAUCAGGACACUACGAAGUCUCAAAGGAAAUACAUGAUUGAUCCGAACUGCAUAGACUGGAAUAACAUCCAAGUGUUGGAGUCUGACGAUAAAGAUAGACCGUUCCAAUGUCACAUGUGUUCGUACACGUCUCGCUUCAAGGCUUCAGUGCAAAGGCAUUUUCAAAGGCACCACACCGGCUCGCAAAACAGGCCAUACAAGUGCAUAAAUUGUGAUUUCUCAACAAAAACUAAAGAUCAGAUCGCUUUGCACAAUAAGAGGAGCAAGUCUGAGGUCGGUUUGUACUGCGCUGUUUGCAAGUUUACGACCAACUUCAAAUGUCAGUAUGUGAUGCAUCAGAAACGUCACUACGAGAACAAAUGUACAGAGUGCGAUUACUCGUGCAAGCACAAGUACGAGUUGCAGAAACAUUACAUGACUAUUCACAUGGGGAACGGUCACAAAUGUCAGUAUUGUAAUUACAUCGCAGCGAGGAAGGAGAGCCUGUUGUGUCACGAGACGAUUCACACGGGCAUAAAGCCUUUCAAGUGUAAUCAUUGCGAAUACAUGUCUGUACGUAGAUCGCUACUGAAUAAUCAUGUGAGACGUUAUCAUAGUCACUUGUUGUCCGAUGUAGUUGUUGUUAGUGAUAGUAAAAUAGAGUCUUUGAAACAUGUAGGCAGUAUAGAUGAGGUGAAUAAAGGUUUAGAUUUGUCGUAGAAGGCGAUUAAGGGAUUGGUUAUAUAAACUUGGGAUUCCUCUUUUAGGUGAUGGGCUAGCAAUCUGUCACUAUUUGUAUCUCAAUUCUAUCAUUAAGCCAAGCAGUUAAACGUGGCCUAUCAGUCUUUUCAAGACUGAUGGCUCUGUCAACCCCUCAAGGCAUAUAGACAUGAUUUUAUGUAUGUCAUUUAAGAUUUAUCAGAUAACUGUUAUUUGCCUUCAAAAACUAGAAAUUAUGUCCUCUAUGGACCGUCUCGCUUGAUAAAAACCUGUUUUGUUCAUUUAUCUUAAAGUAGAAGGAAUGGAGGGAUAAGUGCAAUUGACGUGGCCAUAGACUAGUGUUUUUUAUAAAUUCAACUAUAACAUAUAAAAAAAAUUAUUUAUUUGCUUAUAGACUGCGCGUUGGAAUAUGGAGCCAGGCCUAGUGUUGCCGCAUUAUCGAUAGUUCGACUACGCGAUAGUUGACCUUGAAAAUUGUCCAUAGUAUCGAUAGGCCUAUCGAUAUUAUCGAUAGCUCAGUUUGGUACAAAAGUACUUAUAAAAAACUACAAUAUUAUAGUAAUUUCGAUGAAGCUUCAAUAAAAUAGAAUAGUUUUUUUUUCAAAAUUGGAUACAAGGUAUCACUUAUUGACGUCAGAUCAUUUAAAUCCAAUUAUAUCUACUACCGCUUCCAAAGCGCAUGUGUAGGUAGAAGAAGCGGCGGAACAAACUACAUUGCAGCAUUUCCGGACGUCAAUUUGCAAAUAUAGAUCUCUUAAAUCAAUGGAUGGUUUAUUGAUUUUUUAAAGAUAGCAAAACUAUCGAUACCUAUGUAUAAUAUAUAUAGUUAUUGCAAUAGCAGCAAGAGUAUCGAUUUAAUUGUACGAGGGAUUAUUCAUUGGAUCGAGUACAACUCGCUCUAAUCAUUCUGAACUCUGUGUCAUGUCGAGACAAGUGUAUUUGAAAUGUAUAUAUAUGUAUAGUUGGUCUAAUAAA